AUGCAAGAAAGACACUUGAUGAAACAGGGCGCUGAAGCUCGCGUCUUUUUGUUGGCAAACUUCCUCACGGCACCCAAUGGCUGCAUUGCCAAGGAGCGAUUCCCAAAGACAUACCGACACCCCGAUCUCGAUCAGCAGCUGACAGCAAAACGCGUUGUUCAAGAAGCACGAUGCCUUUACAAAUGCAAAAAGAGUGGCAUGGAUACACCAGCGAUAUACUUUGUCGACCUGCAGGCCUCUACAAUCUAUAUGGAACGGGUGCUUGGUAUCACUGUAAAGCAACGCUUGCUUGUCAGCCAGGCAUCUGACUAUGCUGACGUUGAUCAAGACCAAUUAGCACAAAAAAUCGGCGUAUCCUUGGGGAAAAUGCAUGCUCAAGAUGUCAUCCAUGGUGAUCUCACAACCUCUAAUCUAAUGAUUCGUGAAGCAACUGAAUCCUUGGUAUUGAUUGAUUUUGGUUUGAGCUAUGUAUCGGUGAUGCCUGAGGAUAAAGCAGUGGAUCUAUAUGUCCUUGAACGCGCCUUUUCGAGUACACAUCCAAACACAGAAGCGCUGUUUGCCAAGAUCUUGGAAUAUUAUUCAAAAGAAUACAAAAAGUCGAAGACUGUCCUAAGCAAAUUAGAUGAAGUGCGGUUACGAGGUCGAAAGCGUAGUAUGAUUGGAUGA